AUGGCUAUCCCAGGCCACGGAUGUGAAGAUGACGGCGACGGAGGCUCCACCCAAGAAGGGCUACCACUUGGACGAACCGGCACCCGAGGCUGCCGCUACGGGGAGCCCACCUGCAGGUCAGAUGAUCCAGCAGCUGGUCAAGACCGUGAGCACCUUGCAAGAGGAGGUUCGCGACAUGAAGGAGGAGAAGCCGCGCAAGAAGAUGAACCCGUGAGAGUCAGUAUGAGUGGCGACCGAGUGACAGUCACGUGGUACAGUAGUAGGAAGGAAGAGUGUUUGAGCCAGAAAGAGAGAGGAGAGCUGAGAGAGCUAGGGUUCAACAUGAAACCGGCGCCCAGGAAGGAGCAAGCACAGGCGGCACAGGACAUCCCUCCAGGAACCACUCGCCACGACCACCAGGAGGAAGAAAGGAUCAAGCGAAAACUGAGUCAUGCUUUGGAGCACUUUUGCGACAAGCAGGGGAUUCAUUUGGAAUUGGUGCCCGGGGAGGCACAUCACCAGAUAGGAGUGUGUGAGCAGGCGGUUCAAGGGAUCAAGGAAGUGAUGAGUAAGAUUUGUGCUAGGGAUCCGGAUACCACGACGGAAGAGGCGUUGUCCUUAGGCGUGAGCGUGUUCAAUCAAAGGGAGAUGAUUCGGGGCUUCUCACCCGCGCAGCACAUUUUGGGCCAAAGCCCAGACUCCACAGGACGACUCGUGGGCAAUGAAUUGCCUCCAGACCUCUUGAUAGAGAAUGCCGCGGGAGAGUUUCAACGAAGUCAGGCUCGCAGGGCGGAAGCCGAGAAGGCACUUGUGGAUUGGGUCACACAGCAGCGUGUGGUCAGGGCCCAGAAUUCCCGGAGCAAACCUGCUUACGAUUACGAACCAGGGGAACUAGUAUAUUUCUGGCGCGUGCAGAGCAGUGGACAGGGUCGCAGGCAGCCGGGGAGUAAGCAUGGUUCCUUCCUAGGCCCUGCUCGGGUCUUGGCGACGGAAUCACGGAGAGAUGCCUCAGGCAACCUGAGGCCCGGCAGCGCGAUCUGGUGUGUCCGAGGCCGGAGCCUCAUAAAAUGUGCACCGGAACAGCUCAGGAGGGCUUCCCCACGAGAGGAGCUCGUGGAAUCCUUGAUGGAAGGACGCCAGGCCACUCCGUGGACGUUCACAAGGGUUGCCGAAGAGAUCGGAGGCAGCCAAUAUCAGGACAUAUCCUCGGAGCGGCCUUCGGAAGCCGAGUGGCGUCGUGCCCAAGACUUGGAGGAGGAAGCUCCCCCCACACGCUAUCGAGCGCGUCGGAAGCGUGCCGAGCCAGAGCCAGCAGAGGAUAUGGAAGAUGACCAGGAGGACACCCCAUCACAACCCAGCAGACCAUUCGCCAUGCGGCGAGGAGCCCAAAAUCAGGGUUCCCACGUCGGAGAUCCCAUCGGAUCCAAGUGGUGGGAAGAGGUCUCCGAAACUGCGUGGUCGGCCGAGGAGGCCACCUACUGGGCGCAGGACAGCGCCGCCGUGGAGAUCAGCAUUGACCUUCCAGAGAACGAGAAAGGCUGGCAAGCAGCAACCCGGAACUUGCAGAACUACUUCGUGGGCGCGCUCAAGCGAAAGGCCGUGGAGGUCUCGGAGAAACACUUGAAUGAGGCUGAACGAGCCGCCUUCAAGGAGGCCAAGCAUAUCGAAGUUCGCAACUUUAUUGCUUCAGAGGCGUUCGAGACACUCCCGGACAAUCUUAAACCAUCUCGCGAGCAGGCGAUUGGUAUGAGAUGGAUCUUGACGUGGAAGGUUCGCGAAGACGGCUCAUCCAAAGCAAAGGCCAGAGCAGUUUUGUUAGGGUAUCAAGACCCGGGAUAUGAACAUCGGCAAACUACGGCACCUGUUAUGUCUCGACAGACCAGACAACUUUUCUUGCAACUAGCGGCGAAUAAACAGUGGGAUGUCUUUAAAGGAGAUGUAUCUGGAGCUUUCUUGCAGGGACGAGAGUACCCAACAAAGCUAUUCUGCGUGCCUUGCGAUGAGAUUUGCGAUGCCAUGAACAUUCCUCGUGGCAGUAUUACUCGCCUGAAGAGAGCUUGUUACGGAUUGGUGGAUGCGCCAUUGGAGUGGUACCGUACAGUAUCAGAGUUUUUAUCUUCCCUCGGGUUAGAAAGACUUUGGUCAGAUGCUUGCGCCUGGGUCUGGCGAAAGGAAGGGAAAGUCCGAGGAAUGGUGUGUGGCCAUGUGGACGACUUCUUGUUUGGAGGCAAGUCCGAGGACACCGAGUGGCAGCAGAUCAUCUCACAAAUCCAACAGCGGUUUAAGUGGGGUGACUGGGAUAAGAAUAGUUUUACUCAAUGUGGUGUGCAAAUCACAAAGACGGCCACCGGCUUUGAAUUAUCUCAGCCGAGCUAUCUGGACGGCAUGUCAGAGAUCUCCUUGAGUGCUUCGCGAAGAAAAGAGAGCUGCGCGGCGACAACAGACAGAGAGAAGAGUAAGUUGAGAGCCUUACUGGGAGGCUUGAGCUGGCACGCCCAGCAAGUGGCACCACACACCGCGGCUGAGGUGUCAUUACUGCUGAGCGAGGUGAAUCAGAGCACGGUCCAGACCAUCACUAAGGCUAAUCGGCUGUUCUGGAACACCAAGGCCCGAAAGGACCAUCGGAUGCUGAUACAUGCCUUUGCCGAGGACGAACCAGUGGCCCUGUACGCAUGGGUCGACGCAGCGACGGACAACCGUCCGGACCAGGGCAGUACACAGGGUAUCUUUGUGGGAAUGGGCCCAGAGAGUUUGCUUCAGGGAAACCUUGGGGGUAUUUCUCCGGUGGCUUGGCAUUCCUCUAAGAUAGAUCGUAUUUGCCGGAGUCCCGGCGCAGCUGAGACUCAGGCGGCAGUGAACGGAGAGGACGCUUUGUUCUUUGCAAGGUUCCAGUGGAGUGAGAUGCUCUACGGGAUCUCGGACUUAAGAGAACAUGAAGCUGUGGCUCGACGAGUGACGGGCUGCUUAAUCACGGACUCAAGGAACGUCUACGACAAGUUGGCUACAGAGGUUGUGGUGAUCAAGGGCAAGGAAAAACGAUCAAAUAUAGAACUCUUGAGUAUUAAGCAAUCUCAGAUGGCUACCAAUCUUCAUGUACGAUGGGUUCAUUCCGAAGCACAGCUGGCGAACGCGCUUACAAAAGUGGGCAAUGCCAGAGAACUGGAAUUAUACUACCGUAUGUCACACCAUUGGAAGAUUGUCGAGGACGACUUCAUGCGGUCGGCCAGAAAGCGACGCGAGCAAGGAAUCCCACCGUUGGAGGGACAAUCGGGAGAUGUGAAAUCAUAA